AUGAGCAUGGCCAUGACAGGUUUUUCGAGAGCGGCCGAGGACUAUCCAGCGCUCAUCACCCGCGCCGUCUUGGACGCCUACGCACAAUACGUCGUUGCGGGUUCUCAUUCCAGUGACGCCCUACGCCCGGAUGGCGUAGUCGAUGCUGAGGCGCAUGAUGUACCCAAGAGCAUCGAGGAGGCACUAGCGCCGCUUGAGAUUCUGUAUGGGAAAACAGCGCUGUCAGCCAUUGGUAUCGCGUUGCACGGGACCGAGCCCGUCAUACGAUAUGUGGAACGCGCUGAGGCGGACUUUUCCGACGACGAGUCGGUGAAGACGGCGGACGAUGACGUGGGGUGCGUGCACCGUGAAGCUCAGCGUGCGAGGAGCUCCGGUGCUGACGCGGUGUCGUCCACCCCUCGCUCAAACGCUGUCUCUCAGCAGGGCGAUCAGGAGAGCGCAGCUGCAGUCUCCUCACAGUCGGCCGUGCAGCGGGCACGCUGUCUCUACCAGGUCGGCGAACACACACUCUUCUCUCCCUACUACUGCCCCUGCUCUGCGUACGCGUACCAAUCGAUUCAGCGGCAGGAGGUGUGGUGCUGCAAGCACAUGCUGGCGCUGCAGCUCGCCUUGCGCAUCGAGGCCACCGGAGUGGUCCAGGACAACCUUUCUGUGCGCAUCGUUAGUCCUGCCGAGUACGAGCAGCUGCUGCUGCGCUCCCUCUGA